AUGGCACCGACAUUCGGCCCGGAGCUGUUCGGAUCUUGGUUCGUUGCUGCUGUUGCCGCUGCCGCUCCAGGGCCCGAGGAAGCCUGGUUGCUCGAGCCGGUAGUCCCAGUUGCUGAAGGAGCCGAGCCCCCAUUCGUAGAGGCUGACGAUCCGGAGUUGGAGGUAGCUGAACCUGCACCGGUGGAUGCGGAAGCUGCUCCCACCGUUGUGCCGGAUGAUUCUGGCGAAAGUGCUGGCGAAGGAUUAGACGAAGGAUCAGACAAUGGCUCCGAGGAUGGGGCAGAAGAUGGAGCAGGUGAUGGAGCAGGUAUUGAACUAGAUGAGGCAGGGCUUGGGCUAAUUGAAGUGGUUGGACUCUCACUUGACUCGUCUGGCUCGUCAUUAGGCUCGUCAGGUGCGGGGAUAUAG